UCUGAUCUAUCAUAGUCGUGUCGUAAUCAGGAGAUGAUGAUCGCGCUACUCUCUCUCGUGAUAAUCCUCAAUUCAGUAAUUUCCGUGUGCCUCGGUGAAAUGCCGGAUAAUCACUCUCCCAAAUUCAACGUUCUUGCAGCGAAUUCAAAUGUCACAGUUAACGAUACAAUGGAGACUCAGAGAACGAUUUGUAGAAUUUCAUCUGAUCGGGUAAAUGCGAAUGCUGAGGCAAUUGUGACGAAGGUCCUGACGGGUGGGUGCAACGCCAAAGCUGUAGAUGAUCGAUUUGAAGCCCUCGAGGCGCUAUUCACCAAUGAAUUAACCGAGCUCAAGCAUCUGAUCCUCAGAGUAAUCGAGAAAGACGUAAACAUCGAGCGGAAUUCAAUCGAUGACACCGAGAUCGAGCCCUUCGAGGGGAUGGAAUCCCCCAAACCGAGAGAGAUCGAGCAACUCAACGACACAAUCCACAAAAUUUCAACUCCUCAAGAUAUUCAGAGAGUUUUCACUUACUACUGGAAGCUCACGGAUAUGAAGGAAAAGCUAGGGAAAUGGGAGACAGGGCGGUCGUUACGUAGUCCAACGUUUUACAUCGAGAAAAGUGGAUACGCAAUGUACAUGAGGUUCACCCCCAAGUAUUUUCCAGACGGCACUGUCUUCGUGAGUGUCGGGGUAACACGGGGUGUCCUGGACCAUCACCUCGUCUGGCCAUUUCCCCUCAAACUGCAAAUAGAGAUUGUAGAUAACUCACCGGGGGAUUGGCGAGAAAAUCGUCGAUCGCGGCUGUGGGAUCCCUCGAGUGUGUGCUCAGCUCAUUUCUGGGGUCAGCCGAGCUCAACAGGUGAUUCAGACAAUCCGGAGUGCGUUGGGUUGAGUACAGCCCGUAAAGUAUUCAUCGCAGACAACAAGUACAUAUGGAAUAACAGUGCACUCAUUAAACUGACGGUUCACUUGUGAUGUCAUUUAUUUAUUGAUACUCAUCGAUGUAUUACACAACGGGCCACACAAAUACACCGAAGACAUUUAUAAUUAAUCGAUUAAUUACAAAUUCACGUAAUCGUCGUGUUGUGAGAUUGACACAAAUUUAUUUAUUUAUAGUGCGCGCGAAAACUAUUGCGAUAGCGAAUACGGAUUUGUUUAUGGGUGAUCAAUCUUGCUUGUGAUUUCAAUUUCGUCACGCGAAUUAUCCCUUCAUCUGUCAUUUUACCCUCGUCUCCCUUGAGGAAUCUCUUCGAAGUUAAAUUUUUAGAAUCUUUAGAUCUUACUCCAUUGGGAUUUCCUCCUCGAUUCAAUAAAUAGUAAUUAGAAUUUUUCAAUAAUCUCCUAUAAAUUAUAAAUCCAAACAAAUUGAUAAAGAAAAUUGAAAAUUCAAAUAUAAUCUAUUGCCCAUUACUGCUCAUUUAAUCGACGAUUUUUCGAUCCUCCUUUGACGAUUAAUAUCGAUUCCACCGAUUAUUUAAUUAUUAUGCGUUCAAAUAAUAAUUGUUUAUGGCAAUUGAUAAAUAUUAAUUACUACUUUACUCGCAAUUUCUUUGUAUGAAUUUGAUGAUCCUGUUUUAAUUUAUUAAUUGAUAAUUUUGUGGCCGGUAACAGAUAGAUUAUUU